AUGGAGAAGCAUAAGGAAUUGGAAGAAGCAGCAUCAAAGAACAACACUUUCUCAUCUCACGUUCAUUUCAUUCCCUGUGCACCUAUGGUUCUUUCUUUGAGUUCUCUAUUUACCAAAGGCGAGGACAAACUGAACCAAAAUCAAGAGGAGUGGCUCACAUGUUCCAAUCCAAUUCCAGAGAAACCACCAGACUCUUAUCUGCGAUAUCCAAAGAAGAAAACCCAAGGUCAACUAGUUUUGAGGACAAAACUUUUUCAAGAGGGAGGGGAUGAUAUGAUCAUGCCCAGCACUGAAGACAUGGAACUUGAAGCUGAGCUUGAACCUGAUGGAGCUAAACAUGUGGAGCUGGAACCUGAUGGAAUUAAAGACAUAAAGCUUGAGGUUGAGGAGAAACUUGAUGUCAUGGACAAACUUGUUGCCAACCAGGAGCUUGCAUCCAAGAAGAAGCCUUUAGCUGCGCCAGUGGAACUGAAGGUGGCGUUGGAGAUCUCUUUCCAUCAGAUCUCUGGUAUAAGCCAUUCAUUCCCUUCACUCCAUUCAUCCAUUCCUUCCAUUCACUCCAUUCCAUCUAUUCAUUCCAUCAAUUCCACAAGUCCGACCAUUCCAUCACUCCAUCUCUAUCCUUACUUGCUUCAAAGUGCCGAUCUUCAAUCAGGGGUCUAUCACCAGACCUGCGUCAUCGCCGCAGCUUCUCCGACCGUCGAAUCCAGCCUCCCGCCCCAGAGCGAGCCGCCUCGAGAGUUGGUCAGCCAGGAGAACAUCGACGACCGGGAUCCAGAACGCUGUGUUGGGAUCGGCACGGAGAUCUCGACCGGGUUAAGGAACGAACUACUAGCCUUCUUGCGGGCGAACGCGUCCACCUUCGCCUGGAGCACGGAUGACAUGGUCGGCAUCAACCCAGCCGUCACCAGCCACGAGCUAAACGUCGACCCGACGUUCAAACCGAUAAAACAGAAGCGGAGAAAGUUGGGCCACGAUCGCGCUCAAGCGGUGAACGACGCGGUCGAGCGUCUAUCCAAGGCGGGUUCAAUAGUCGAAGUGCGUUACCCGGAGUGGCUCGCGAACCCGGUCGUGGUGAAGAAGAAGAAUGGCAAAUGGCGUGUCUGCGUGGAUUUCACCGAUCUCAACAAGGCGUGCCCCAAGGAUAGCUACCCGCUUCCGCAUAUCGAUCGGCUGGUAGAGGCAACGGCGAACGAACUGCUAUCCUUCAUGGAUGCUUUCUCGGGCUACAACCAGAUUCAGAUGCACCCGGACGAUCGGGAGAAAACAGCUUUCAUAACCGAUCGGGGGACCUACUGCUACAAGGUUAUGCCGUUCGGCUUAAAAAACGCUGGAGCAACGUAUCAACGCCUGGUGAACAAAAUGUUCGCGGAGCAGCUCGGCAGCACCAUGGAGGUCUACAUCGACGACAUGCUCGUCAAGUCGCAACGCGCCGAGGAUCACAUCGGACAUCUCCUGCUUUGA